GCUCCCGCGGCGGCCACCGGGAAUCCCUCACUGAUCCCUCACCGCGCCCUCACCGCGCCCUCGCUCCGCGCAGCGCCCCGAGCCCGAUGACUCUGAACCGCGGGGACAAGCGGCGCGGCAGCACGCCGUUCGCGGCGCAGCAGCACCUGCACCGCCGCAGCAUGCCCGUGGACGAGCGCGACCUGCGGCCGCUGCCGCCCGACGAGCUGUCGGGCUUGGUGCGCUGCACCUCGUACAGCCCCGGGGGCGAGCACCGCCAGAGCUGGGCCUCCGACUCCUCCGACUCCGUCACCUCCUCGGGCAGCGACUCGGACGGCAGCCUCUACAAGGUGAUCCUGCUGGGCGAGCACGGCGUCGGCAAGACCAGCCUGGCGCGCAUCUUCGGCGGCGUGGAGGACUGCGCGGACGCGGAGGAGGCCGGAAAUACAUACGACAGAUCAAUUAUAGUUGAUGGAGAAGAAGCAUCUCUCGUGGUGUUUGAUAUAUGGGAGCAGGAUGACAGCCAAUGGCUCCAGAACCACUGCAUGAAAAUGGGAGAUGCCUAUAUUAUUGUCUACUCGGUGACAGACAAAGUUAGUUUUGAAAAGGCUUCUGAGCUAAGAAUCCAGCUGAGAAGAGCAAGGCAGACAGAGGAUAUUCCUAUUAUCCUUGUGGGAAAUAAAAGUGACCUGGUCAGGUCCCGGGAGGUCUCUGUUGAUGAGGGCCGGGCCUGUGCCGUGGUGUUCGACUGCAAGUUCAUCGAGACCUCAGCCGCGCUGCACCACAACGUGCAGGACCUGUUCGAGGGCAUCGUGCGGCAGAUCCGCCUGCGCAAGGACAGCAAGGAGGACAACGCCCGCAGGAUGGCCAACGCCAAGCGGAGGGAGAGCAUCAGCAAGAAGGCCAAGCGGUUCCUGGGCAGAAUUGUGGCCAAGAACAACAAGAAGAUGGCUUUCAAAGCAAAAUCCAAAUCUUGCCAUGACCUGUCGGUGCUAUAGGAGCCCUCAGCGAGGGCAGGCACGCGGGAUGAACGAGCCCCUGGCUGCCCGGCAGCGUGUGGAUGCUCCUCGUGGUGGAAACAGCCGUGGCUUUUCCACUGAGACUCUCCUUAAUGCCUUAAGGUGCUCAAGCAAGUCUGGAAGUUACACUACAGUGCUUCAUUGAUAAAUGGUUUAAGUUUCAGUGUGUGCAAGUAAAUGAACUAACUUGAAAUAUGAGGCUUGACAUGCCCACUGUGUACAUAUGUUCUAUAUCUUCUUGUCUUGUGGAUACCAGAGAUGCAAAGAUAAGAAAGGAUAACUAUCACCAUAGACUUGUCUCAUUUGCAGAGCAAAACUUAAACUUGUACGCAGGCUCGUACACUCUUUUUAAGUAUAAAGCAAGCAAUGAUAAAUCUUUUUAAACUUAAAUGUGGGGAGGGUGGAGUAGAACCACAGUAGAAUGGGAGAAAUCAAAGUAUAUAUAUAUUUAAAUACAGAACGGAUAUGAUUUUAUUAAGUUAAUUUGCACUUCCAUUAACUGUUAUUCAAUUAAUUGGUUACUUGUUUACAUGCAGAUUUUAUAAUAAAAUAUUAUUUCCUCUUAUAAUAAACUGUGCUUUUCUCGUAGUGUGGUUAAAGAAUGAGAGAACAGUAUUUUUAUACUGACCUUUUUCCACUGUACAAAAUGUUACACAUAGACUGAAGAUUUCACAUGUGAUAGAGUUCUGGAACAAGAUGAAUUGGGAAAA